AUGAGUCUUUUCUAGAAUCAUUCAUAAUUUACUAUCUGUUUCAACUUUAAUUUUGCUACGUAGAGAUAAGGUUAUGAAGAAUAUGAUGGAAUCAUUUGGGACUAUAAUUAUAAUCCGCCAAAAGAGAAAAAAACUAAAUUCAGAAUAAAAUUUACUAUAAACUAAGAAAUCUAAUAUUUGAGAGAGGGAUAAAUAUUGAGAAUGUUAAUUAUUCUAUUAACUUUAUAGAGAUUAAAUUAUAGACACUUCAUAACAACUUAAAUUAUUGAAAAACUUGGAAUAAAUACAAAAUCUCUAGUGGUUUGGUGAUUAUGGAGAGAAUAAUUAGAAAAUUGGAAAAUGGGGAGUGAUUUGGAAGGGAGAAACUUUAACUAAUGUAGGUGGUUGGUACUCAAAUUAUGGAAAAAAAGAAGGAUUAUGGAAAGAAUUAACUUAAAAUUAUUGGAGGUAUAUUAAAAUUAAAUAUAUAAUAGUAAAGCCUAAAUCUAUGAAGUUGGAGAAUAUACCAAUGAUUAAAGGAAAUAAGGCUGGUAGUACAUCUAUGAAAACAAAGAAAUGUAUAUUAUUUCAUUAUAUUAGUGGAGGUGGAGAAUAUAAUAUAUAAGGAGAAAAAAAUGGUAAAUGGAUUGAGUUAAGCAAUCUAUUCUGGGAUUUUUCAUAAAUUUUUUAUUAAGGUAUAUAUAAAAAUGGUUAUAAAAUUGGAAAAUGGGAUACUUUGUAUAAAUGGAAUGAUAAAUUUGAAUAAAUGUAACUUUAUAAACAAAAUUUUAGUGGUGGUGGCUUAUAUGAUGAAUAAAACUAAUAAUUAUGUUAAGUUAAGAUUGGAAAGUGGAUAGAGUUGAGUGAUAAAUUUAAUUAUAACUCCUAAGUUAUUUAUAAUGGUUUGUAUAAUAAUGGAUAAAAAAUCGGUAAUUGGAGUUAUUUGUAUAGAAAAAAUGAUAAAUUUGAAUAAAUGUAAAGUUUAGAAGAUUAAAUUUAGUGGUGGAGGAGAAUAUUAUUAAAUAGAAGGAAGAUCAAUGAAGAAUGGGAUUUGGAUUGAAUUAAAUGAUGAUUUUAAAAAUGAUUCAUUAAUAAUUUAUAAAGGCGAUUAUAUAAACGAUAAAAAGAUUGGAAGAUGGAAUAUUUUGUACAAAUCUUAAGAAAAAGAAAUAUUUAAUUAAAUGUAAAGUUUACAAGACUUAAUUUAGUGGUGGAGGGUCGUAUUCCUAGAUAGAUGGAAAUUCAUUUAAGAAUGGAAAGUGGAUAGAAUUGAAUGAUGGAUUUAAAAAUGAUUCUUUAGUCAUUUAAAAUGGCGAAUAUAAAAAUAACCAUAAAAUUGGUAGAUGGGAUAUAUUAUUCAAAGAAGAUGAUAAAAAUAAAUUUAAAUAAAUGUAAAGUUUUAUGGGUUAAAUUUUAGUGCUGGUGGAUCAUAUGAUCAGGUAGAGGGAUAUUCAGUUAAGAAUGGGAAGUGGAUUGAAUUAGUGGAUGGAUUUUCGAAGUGGUCAUAAGUGACUUAUGAAGGCAAAUACAAAAAUGGUAAAAAGGUAGGCAGAUGGGAUAUUUUUUAUAAGAGUUUUUGGAAUGGAAAAAAAGAAUAAAUGUAAGCAUUAGUUUGAUAAGUAUUAGUGGAGGUGGGUUAUUUGAUGAAAGAGAUUCUAUUAAGAUUGGAAGGUGGAUUGAGGAGAGCAAUACAUUCUAGUAUGAUUAACAAAUCACUUAUAGUGGCCAAUAUCUAAAGGGAAAAAAAGUUGGCAGAUGGGAUAUUGAGUUUGAAGGAAAAUAGAUGUAAACUCUAUUAUUAUANUUCUAUUAACUUUAUAGAGAUUAAAUUAUAGACACUUCAUAACAACUUAAAUUAUUGAAAAACUUGGAAUAAAUACAAAAUCUCUAGUGGUUUGGUGAUUAUGGAGAGAAUAAUUAGAAAAUUGGAAAAUGGGGAGUGAUUUGGAAGGGAGAAACUUUAACUAAUGUAGGUGGUUGGUACUCAAAUUAUGGAAAAAAAGAAGGAUUAUGGAAAGAAUUAACUUAAAAUUAUUGGAGGUAUAUUAAAAUUAAAUAUAUAAUAGUAAAGCCUAAAUCUAUGAAGUUGGAGAAUAUACCAAUGAUUAAAGGAAAUAAGGCUGGUAGUACAUCUAUGAAAACAAAGAAAUGUAUAUUAUUUCAUUAUAUUAGUGGAGGUGGAGAAUAUAAUAUAUAAGGAGAAAAAAAUGGUAAAUGGAUUGAGUUAAGCAAUCUAUUCUGGGAUUUUUCAUAAAUUUUUUAUUAAGGUAUAUAUAAAAAUGGUUAUAAAAUUGGAAAAUGGGAUACUUUGUAUAAAUGGAAUGAUAAAUUUGAAUAAAUGUAACUUUAUAAACAAAAUUUUAGUGGUGGUGGCUUAUAUGAUGAAUAAAACUAAUAAUUAUGUUAAGUUAAGAUUGGAAAGUGGAUAGAGUUGAGUGAUAAAUUUAAUUAUAACUCCUAAGUUAUUUAUAAUGGUUUGUAUAAUAAUGGAUAAAAAAUCGGUAAUUGGAGUUAUUUGUAUAGAAAAAAUGAUAAAUUUGAAUAAAUGUAAAGUUUAGAAGAUUAAAUUUAGUGGUGGAGGAGAAUAUUAUUAAAUAGAAGGAAGAUCAAUGAAGAAUGGGAUUUGGAUUGAAUUAAAUGAUGAUUUUAAAAAUGAUUCAUUAAUAAUUUAUAAAGGCGAUUAUAUAAACGAUAAAAAGAUUGGAAGAUGGAAUAUUUUGUACAAAUCUUAAGAAAAAGAAAUAUUUAAUUAAAUGUAAAGUUUACAAGACUUAAUUUAGUGGUGGAGGGUCGUAUUCCUAGAUAGAUGGAAAUUCAUUUAAGAAUGGAAAGUGGAUAGAAUUGAAUGAUGGAUUUAAAAAUGAUUCUUUAGUCAUUUAAAAUGGCGAAUAUAAAAAUAACCAUAAAAUUGGUAGAUGGGAUAUAUUAUUCAAAGAAGAUGAUAAAAAUAAAUUUAAAUAAAUGUAAAGUUUUAUGGGUUAAAUUUUAGUGCUGGUGGAUCAUAUGAUCAGGUAGAGGGAUAUUCAGUUAAGAAUGGGAAGUGGAUUGAAUUAGUGGAUGGAUUUUCGAAGUGGUCAUAAGUGACUUAUGAAGGCAAAUACAAAAAUGGUAAAAAGGUAGGCAGAUGGGAUAUUUUUUAUAAGAGUUUUUGGAAUGGAAAAAAAGAAUAAAUGUAAGCAUUAGUUUGAUAAGUAUUAGUGGAGGUGGGUUAUUUGAUGAAAGAGAUUCUAUUAAGAUUGGAAGGUGGAUUGAGGAGAGCAAUACAUUCUAGUAUGAUUAACAAAUCACUUAUAGUGGCCAAUAUCUAAAGGGAAAAAAAGUUGGCAGAUGGGAUAUUGAGUUUGAAGGAAAAUAGAUGUAAACUCUAUUAUUAUAAUAAACAAACUUUAGUGGCGGUGGAUUAUAUGUUGAUUAAAUAAAAGGCAGUUCAAUUAAAAUUGGAAAAUGGAUUGAAUUAGAUGACGAAUAUUCUAGUGGAAUUUAAGUUACUUUAUAGGGUGAGUAUAAAAAUGGUAAGAAAGUUGGUUUGUGGGAUAUUUUUUAUAAAGGAGUAGCUGAAAAAGAAUUUAAAUUAAUGUAAUAAACUUUAUAUCUUUACUAGUGGUGGUGGACAUUAUUAAGAAUAGAAGAAUGGAGGUUCAAUAAAAAUUGGUAGGUGGAUCUAAAUGAGCUAUGGGUUUUGGAAUGAGUCUAGAGUCACCUUCAUUGGUGAAUAUAAAAAUGGUAACAAAAUUGGUAGAUGGGAAAUUUGGUAUCAAAAGAAUUAUGAUGAUAAAAAGAAUGAAUUGAUGUAAAUAUUAAUAAUAAAAAUUAUCAGAGGAGGAGGAUCAUAUGAUUAGGAAUACUUUAAUAAGAUUGGAAUUUGGAUUGAGCCUAAGCAUAAAUUUAGAAGCAAUUCUUAAGUGACCUAUAAGGGUGAAUAUAAAAAUGGUAAAAAGAUUGGUAGAUGGGAGAUUUGGUAUCAGAAGAAUUAUGGCGAUAAAAAGAAUUAAUUGAUGUAAUAAUUAAUAUAAGUAAACUUCAGAGGUGGGGGAUUAUAUGAUGAAAAGAAUUCUAUUAAAAUUGGUAGAUGGGUUGAGAUAAGUGAUGGGUUUUAAGAUUAUUCUUAAGUUACAUAUAAUGGUGAAUAUCAACAGGGUAAAAAAGUAGGUAGAUGGGAUAUUUUAUACAAUGAUUUUUGGAAAGGAAAUAAUCAACAAAUGUAAAUAUUUAAAUGACAGUAUAACUAGAGGUGGUGGAGAAUAUGAUGAAGAAAAUUCAAAUAAGAUUGGAAAGUGGAUUGAAUUAAGUGAUGAGUUUGAAUGUAGGCAGUAGGUAAUCUAUAAUGGUGAAUAUUUAAAUGGUAAAAAGAAUGGAAAAUGGAUGAAAAGGGAUUUAAGAUGGAAUGAAAAAUGGUAAGAAUUGAAAUAUGAUAACUGA